AUGCCAGAGGUGCAUUCACGCGAGAAUUUAAAGUUUCGAUGCGGGUCAGUUGACAGAGAAACCGAAAAAUACGCUCUGAUCAUCACGAAGCUAAAAAUCGACAGCAAUCCAUUCGCAAAGGGAUUCCGGGACUCUUCCCGUCUCACGGAAUUUGAAAGGGAGACCAUGGAAUCGAUGUUGGCGGAGCAACAUUAUUUGAGAUCGCCUCUGCGGCCGUUCGACCUGGAUCAGCACAAUAAUAAUCUAACUCUGGAAGAGAAGGCAAUUUUGGCUGCGAGAUCACAGUUGUUCCUAAGAGCGGCGUAUCCCCUGUAUGGAGUACCUGCAGCCGCUUUAUGGGGCCAAUGGGCUUGUUUGGCGCCACAACUUCUAGCCCAACAACAUUUAGCAUCAGGAUCCGGACUGCAACUGCCUCGACCAGUGUAUCCUGGCGGAGUUCCAGCCCCGCUAUCUCAGCAUCGUUUCUCGCCGUAUCCCCCGCGGAGGUCGUCUCCUGGUUCCUCUCCGGAUUCAUUGAGGGACCAAAGCCCUCAUCCGAUACCACCACACCCCCCGCAUACGCCGCACACACCACAUCCACCGCACAGCCCGACCUAA